GCGGGCACCGGCGCGAUGGCGCUGUACCCGGUGGUCCGGAAGCUGCUGCAAAAGCGCGUGGUGUUGGCCAGCGCGUCCCCGCGGCGCCAGGAGAUCCUCAGCAACGCGGGUCUCAGGUUCGAGGUGGUUCCUUCCAGGUUUAAAGAGCAGCUCAAUAAAGCCUCCUUCCCCACCCCGUACGCAUACGCGAUGGAAACAGCCAAGCAGAAGGCCCUGGACGUAGCCAGAAGGGUGCACCAGAAAGACCUGCGGGCCCCUGAUAUCGUCAUCGGAGCAGACACUAUAGUGGCGGUCGGGGGGCUGAUCUUGGAGAAGCCCAUGGACAAACAGGACGCAUACAGCAUGCUCUCCAGGUUGAAUGGGAAAGAACACAGUGUGUUCACUGGUGUUGCCAUCAUCCACUGCUCCUACCAAGACGGCCGGCUGGACAUGGAGGUGUCCGAGUUCUACGAGGAGACGCUGGUGAAGUUCUCGCAGCUGUCCGAGGAGCUGUUGUGGGAGUACAUCCACAGUGGCGAGCCCAUGGACAAGGCCGGAGGCUACGGGAUCCAGGCGCUGGGCGGGAUGCUAGUGGAGUACGUCCGCGGGGACUUCCUCAACGUGGUGGGCUUCCCCCUGAACCACUUCUGCAAGAAGCUGGCCGAGCUGUACUUCCCGCCGCGCCCCGAGAACGUGCAGCGAGUCAAGCACGACUCCAUCCCCCCCGUCGACACCUUCGAGGGCCUCAGCGACCUCAGCGACGUGGAGGGCGGGGGCUCGAGCCCUGCCCACAGCCAGCAGGGCCAUGGCACGAAGGACACACAUGCUAAGGGGACGGUAGCCGGCCUGCACUCCUCUGCACUCCUGGAAGUGAUAGACGGCUUCAAAGCAUCCAAGGCCCUGUUCACAGCUUCCAAGAUGAAGGUGUUUGACGCGUUAGGAGACGGAGCCCCUCUGAGUGCUGUGGACGUUGCCCGGAAAAUUGACGCCUCCGAGCACGGCACCGGACGGCUGCUGGAUGCGUGCGCGGCCCUGGGGUUGCUGGAGAAGACGCACAGAGGGUACAGGAACACGGAGCUGGCCAGCCGGUACCUGCGGUCGGACGGCGAGUUCUCCCUGCACAGCCUCAUCCUGCACAGUGACACCCACGUCUGGAACCUGUUCACGCACCUGGAGUCCGCUGUCCGGGAGGGAACCCACCAGCACCCCCGGGCUUUGGGGAGCACGGCGGACGACCCGUCCCAGGGCACCUGCCGGAGCCAGGACCAGAAGCUGCGUUGUCUGGGGGCCAUGCAUGGCCUCAGCAAGCUGAGCGCUCAUCAGGUGGCCACGGCCUUUGACCUGUCCCAGUUCACCUCCGCCUGCGACCUGGGAGGCUGCACAGGCGCCCUGGCCCAUGAGCUCGCCCGGGAGUACCCGGGUCUGAAGGUGACCGUGUUUGACCUCCCAGAGGUCAUCGAGGAUGUCAAGCGUUUCCAACCCAACGGGCCACAGACAGAGCAGGUCACCUUCGUGCCAGGUGACUUUUUCAAAGACAGGCUCCCGGAGGCCGACCUCUACAUUCUUUCCAGAAUCCUCCACGACUGGUCGGACGAGAAGGUGCACGAGUUGCUGAGCCGGGUCUCAGGCAGCUGCAAGCCAGGUGGCUGCCUCCUGGUGGCGGAGUCGACGCUGGACGAGGAGAAGCAAGCAGCGCGGCCGGGCCUGCUGCCGUCUCUGGACCUGCUGGUGCAGGCCCAGGGCAGAGCACGCAGCCUGAGCGAGUACCGCCACCUGCUGCAGGCCCACGGCUUCACGGACGUGCGGGCGGCGGGCACCGGGAACAUCGUGGAUGUGAUCCUGGCCACCAGAACCGAGCCCUGACGUCCGCCUGUGGGUCCCAGGGACCUUCUCCCGGGAGGCCACCAGCCUGCCAUCCCCGAGUGUGGACCCUCAGGUGGAGAGGUUACUGGAAGGGGCGGUGUAGCCGCCCAGAUUAAACAACGCGGUGAACACUGGCUCCCAGCUCGUUUGUGGGGCUGAAGACCCGGCAGCUGCAGCACGAGUUGGGGUCCCUCCCUCGACAGUGGCGAGCACUGACCUCUGCAAGGCCCUGGCAGGGUGGCCACCUGCCCAGUGUGUCUCCACAGCAGGUGCUGUGCCCACUCUGCCCUCUGCGCCAGCCGGGCGCAUCUGCAGCCUCUACUCUCGUCUUUCAGCCGGUUUUCGCGUCCCUGUGAUGCCACCGCUGUCCUGUCUCAGCCCAGCAGGGGACCAGCUCUCUCAGCAGAUCCUGGCCCCCCUCCCUGCAGUCUUUGGGAAGGCCUCUCUGUGCCCAUUGGGUACAGGGCAUCUUUAAGAAGCUCACAGCUCAAGCAAGUGGAGUUUACUGGGUCAAGAUACUUGUUUACCGAAAAUGUUUCCAGAUGAUCUGUUGGAGGCUCUGGUCUGUGUUGUGCCCAGUAAAGUAUCUGUUUUCUUAAAAGAGCAAGUGAGUGGAAACAAAGUACCCCUCUCCAGGGGAGCCACACAAGGGAUGAGUCAUGCAACAUGUGUUACAUGGAAUGAGCCAGUAUGAUAGCUUUGCAACUUAAACACUUCAUCUUUCAUUGUAUUACACAUUUCUAGAAGCAAGCGUGGGGGGACCUCGAUCAAUGGUGACCUGUGAAAAAUGAGAACAUCGGGGUGGCAGGAACCUGAAACUUUUACUUUUGAUCUAAACAGUUUUCUAUACCAAUUGAGUGCUUUAACUAUGAAAACAGGGCAGAGGGACGCUUUUCUGAGGAAUCUCAGCCCGCCGGGCAAAUUCUACUCCCUCAUGGAGGCCUUGACCUCCCUGUGUCCUCCACCCCAGAACCCCAAGGUGGCUGCAGACUCCAGGCUGGGCCACCCCCAGGGACAUUUCCCACCUGCUUCCUGGUGAAGCCUCAGCAAUGUCCAGCACCUGCAGGGCCUCCCCUCUACCCUUCAAGCACCUUCUUCCCCAGCAGGACAGGCCCCUGUACCCAGAAGCCUCAGGCCUUGCCCCCUACCUGCCUCUCCCAACAAGUCAAAGCAGGACACAGGAAGGUUUCUCAAGAACCCUGGGUGUCCGAGGGCACUUCUAGUGCUUACCAGCAUCCAUCCAUCACCUACCCAGGUCUGUGCAUUUUACCAGCUUAUGGGGACACGAACCAAAAAACCAGGAAGGAAAUGAAAAAGUGGGAAGGAAUUAAAAAAAAACCCCGUGCUUCUGAGUCCCUACCAAGGAGCUUUUCUUGACCUUGGCACUAAUGUAAACCCUUCUGAAAAUCCCAAUGACA